CUAAUUCCUGUGCAGACUCCCUAUGGGCAGAUCUGGAUAGCAUCUACCUGUUGUCACUACAGCCCUCUGCCCAUGGUUGCCCAGUUGAGUGUGUGCUUGCGGGGUGGCUGCCAGCCGUGGCUGCAGUUCUUGCUGUUCCUGGUGGUGGUGGUGGGUCUGCUUGUGCCCUUGAUCUUCUUUGCUGUCCGGGCCAACAGCAAGGGCUGCAGGGAUGGCCUCCAAGCACAGUGGGAGUGUCAGAACCUCACCCAACAUCUGCAGCACCAGCUAACCCAGACCCAGGAAAUCUUAAACAAGUCGGAGGUCCGUGCCGCCGCCUGCAAACAGACUGUGGUGUCCCUGAGGGAUUCUCUGAAGAUGGAACAGACACGUGUGACGGAGCUUCAAGAAGAGCGCAGGAUACUGGAGCAGAAGCUGCGGAACGCUUUGCAGGAGGUGGAGAAACUAAGAAGAGAGAGUGAGGCCUCAGCCGCGAACGACUCCUUUAGCUCCUGGAACAUCCUGUUCGCUCUGAUCUUGAUCGUGAUCGCGGUCUGCAGGGUGACCUGAGGUCCCAGAAAGCCGGUCGGCCACAACCUGGACUGGUCCGGGUCCCUCUCUGCUUUCCGCUUUGAGGCUUCCUGAUCUGGCCAGUUCUAAGGGGACCACAUGGCAACACAGCUGUGGGGAGGAGAGGGGGGAUGGGGUAGCCUAAGGGGUCCAUGGGGCAGCUCUGGAGGGAUGCCUUGGGCAUAGAGAAGUAGCGGAGUUGGCCCAAGGCUGCCCUAGAGCUGGGGAGGCCAUGAGGGUGGGGGGUGGGGGUGGGCACCUGCGUUUUGCUGACACGGUUUCUAGAAAGUCACUUUCUUCUGGGGUCUCUGGGCUCCAGAGAGUAAACACCCUUUUU